GUUCGAAUGAACUCUACCAGCAUUCCGCAUCAUGUUCUUCUCACGUUCUUCUUUGCUGACGGCUCUGCCGGCUCUUUUAUGCUCAUCGGCAUUAGCCCAGAAUGCGACAACGACAUAUUCGCAAUCCAAUGUGCCGACUGGAACACCUCUUCCAGGAAAUUAUGGAGGCCCGCUUCGUCCGCAAGUGCACUUCAGUCCACCCCAAGGCUUCAUGAAUGAUCCCAAUGGAAUGUUUGUGGAUGCAGACGGCCUCUACCAUCUCUACUAUCAGUACAAUCCAACUGCAAACAGAGCAGGUAAUCAACAUUGGGGCCACGCAACCAGUGAGGACCUGUUUACCUGGACCAAUCAGCAAAUCGCGCUGUUUCCUGGAGGCCCUGAGGAGGGUAUCUUCAGUGGUUCAAUAGUCAUCGACGGCAACAACACAUCAGGAUUCUUUCCGAACCAGACGAAUGGCGUUGUAGCAAUAUACACUCUGAACACCCCCGAGUCACAGACACAAGACAUUGCUUACUCAUUUGACGGUGGCUAUACCUUCACCAAGUAUGAGAACAAUCCCGUGAUCGACCGUAAUACCAAUCAAUUCCGAGAUCCUAAGGUCUUCUGGUAUGAGGAAACCUCUCGCUGGGUCAUGGUCGUUGCUUACCCCGUCGACUUUGAGGUUGGCAUCUUCACGAGUGAAAACCUGAUCGACUGGCAGCCAGAGAGCAACUUCUCACACUACGGCGUCACAGGUCUCCUGUACGAAUGCCCUAAUCUCGUACCUCUUCCCAUUGAAAACUCCACCCUCACAAAUGACACGCAAGCAUGGGCCCUGCUUGUUUCCAUCAACCCAGGCGCACCAUUGGGAGGCUCAAUAACCCAAUACUUCCUCGGCUCCUUCAACGGCACCCACUUUGACCCGCUGGACUCACGAACCCGCUUCACCGACUUCGCAAAAGACAACUACGCCGGCCAAUUCUUCGACAACAUCCCCUUCGGCACGCGCCAAGUCAGCAUGUCAUGGGCGUCCAACUGGCAAUACACCAACGUGGUCCCGACCGACCGUGAGGGGUUCCGCAGCGCAAUGAGCGUCGCGCGCGAACACUGGAUCCAAGACCGACCGCGCGUCGGCCUCAGCCUCAUGAGCUACCCGGCCAACAUCUCCGCCGCGUUCGACUCGGAACUCGCGUCGAACUCGAGCCUCGGGAACGGCACGCUGAAUGUCGAUUUCGGGCAGUUGGAGAGCAGGGCGUUGUACUGGGAAGCUAACAUCACGGGCCUGGGCGACUCGACGUCCCUGCAGGGAACACUCAAUUUCACGUUCUCGUCCUCGUCAACGGGUGAGUAUGUCUCGGGAGGCACGUUCAUUUCGUCUGGAGAUGUAUGGGUUGAUCGUGGUCAUUCGUCCGCGUGGUCGAAUCCGUUUUUCACGGAUAAGUUUUCGACUUCGGGAUUGUAUGACGGCGCAGGCACAUGGAGGCUUUCCGGAAUUGUGGAUCGAAGUAUAUUGGAGGUUUAUCUAAAUGGGGGUGAGGAAGUGGCGACUAGUGUGUUUUUCCCUACCGAGCCGCUCGAUACGGCGGUCUUCAGGGUUGGGGGAAUCAAUGAGAGUGCGUCUGCGAGUGUUGCUGUUUGGGGGUUGAAGGCAGCUUGGUUGGAUCAAGCGAAUGCGAAUGGUACUGUGGUUGGGAAUGUUACACAAAGUGGUAACGGAACCGAAGGCCUGGUGAAGCUGUUCUAGAGGUCCUCCUCAGGCUAGAUUUGACAUAAGUCAGCUAUCAAUAUGAUUCACGUAUGCCAUGUUUG